CUGCGCCGCAGCCACACGCGACUGAUGAUCGACCAAACCGCAGCUGGGCGCCCAGCGUGUAACUUUCCGCCGGCUUCAGGCUUCACUUUCGCCCAAGUGAGCUCUGCCGGUGCCUGAACUUUGCAAUGCUUUCCAGGCUGCCGUUUACUUGACCUCGAGGUCUCUUCGCUCGCUCAGCUGAUUUCGAGUCUUUACCGCGAUUGCUGGCUGUUGGCUGAUUCGACCCCGCAACGCGCCCAGGAGCGACAUCAGCUUAUUAACGCGUUUACCUGUUGUCAUUGAACCUUACAAGAGAUGAGCAUGUCACUUCCUUUCAGAGGGAGUAAUGUUCCCUUCUCCUUCAACCCAGGGUCCAACGCGAAUCUGGCGACUGGAGCAAUUGGCGCUGCUUCGAGCGCGAGCGCUACUCAAGAUCGUCUGAUAGUUGGUGUCGACUUUGGUACAACAUAUAGCGGUGUGGCUGCUGUCUAUUCAGCGACCCCGGACGACAUCGACAUUAUCAAGACUUGGCCAGGCGGUAACGGAAUCACCUCAGACAAAGUACCUACCGAGAUUGGCUAUACCGAAGCACCCCCGUCGAACGGCUCUACGUCCUCCCUCGAAGCCUCCGCGAAGCCCGCAGCGAAUGUCAAAUGGGGGUUCCAAUUCAAGCCCGAAGAAUCGCGCCUACGAUGCAUAAAGCUUUUCCUCGAUCGCAAUCAGAAGCUCCCGCAUUUUGUCUCGCCACUCGAGACCGCAGCGCAACUGCGCAAAUGUGAGAAGACGGUCAAUGAAGCCGUGGCGGACUACCUGUCCCAAAUAUAUAAACACACAAUGGAGACCCUGACGAGGAGAUACGGAGAGACAUUUAUGAGCAUGACAAAGGUACAAUUUGUCCUGACUGUGCCAGCUGUCUGGUCAGACUCGGCAAAGGAUGCUACGCUGAAAGCUGCUGAGAAGGCAGGGAUGGGCAACAGACAUGAUCUCAAGAUCAUCUCUGAGCCUGAAGCUGCUGCGGUGUAUACGCUCAAGGCCAUACAACCAAACCACCUCAAGGUUGGAGAUAACUUCGUUGUCUGCGAUGCCGGUGGUGGUACUGUUGAUCUGAUUGCAUACAAAAUCACUCAAUUGGCCCCUCUACGAGUCGAAGAGAGCGCUGUUGGAACCGGAAACUUGUGUGGCUCGGCCUUUCUCAACUACCGGUUUGAAGACCAUGUCAAGCAGCGCAUAGGCGCCGAACGUUAUAACUGGAUGCGCGAGAAGAAGGCGAAGACAUGGAAUAUGGGACUGAAGUACUUCGAAGAGUUUGUCAAGCGCAACUUCAAUGAGGACGAAGACGCCGAAGUCAAUGUGCCCUUUCCCGGUCUACCUGAUGACGAAGAGGCUGGACUUGAUUCUGGGUUUUUGGUCAUGAGCAGCGAGCAAGUCAAGAGCAUCUUCGAUCCCGUCGUACAAGAGGUCAUUAACCUGGUGGAAGGUCAAGUGGAAACGAUUAGAGCAAAUGGCGGCCUUGUCUGUGGAAUCGUUCUUGUGGGAGGGUUUGGACAAAGCAACUACUUGUAUUCGCGUAUGAAGACUCAUUUCAACAGCGCACCCCCUCCACCCUACUCGGAACGACCGACUCACGCCAUCGCCAUGGCCGCCACACAAUCCGUCGAGAUAUACCACCCUAUACACGCUUGGACUGCGGUAGUAAGAGGAGCAGUGCUUCGAGGUCUGGAAGGUAGCAUAGUAGUCAGCAGGAGAAGUCGAUGGCACUAUGGCACAAGCUAUGCAACUGUGUUCGACGAAGCGAAACAUCCCAUAUCUGACAGGUACUGGAGCCCGCUUUGGGAGAGGUGGAUGGUCAGCGAUCGUAUGCAGUGGCAUAUUGCGAAGGGCGCACAAGUUUCUGAAUCACAACCUAUUUCGUUCCACUACACACGCAACUUCCGGCCUGGCCAGUCGCUGAUUGUCGAAGACGACCUGAUUGCAUGCGACAUGGAUGUCGCACCGGACUCCUUCUGCAAAGGUCUCAUCAACGUGUGCACGCUCACCACGGAUCUAAACACUGUGCCGAAGAGUCUGUUUACGCGUUUGACAACGACCAAGGGCGUCGAGUUCGACAACCUGGACUUCACACUCGACAUGCGGAUAGAGAGUGCAGGCUUAGUCUUUGAGCUGAAAGUUGAUGGUGUCAGAUAUGGAGGUGUGCAAGCCAAGUUCCACUGAACAACUAUUACAAGCGCUGAGCUGGAGCAUAAAAAUCGCCAAGCGAUUGGGCAAACAGCAAAUCCCUGAUGCGGUUUGCUUCGCACCCAGCAAUACCCAGCCGGCAACCUUCGUGCCAGGCACUGCCAACAUCUUCCUUGUUGAACAACCGGCUUCUGGACCUCUACCACAAUAUCAGCGCCAUCUCCAUCCUUCAAUAUGUAUGUACUGUGUCGGAUGAGAUUCACAACUCCAGUAACAUUAUGGUCUCUUCCCGGCACGUCUACAGUCAGCGUCAGCCAAGGUGUAGCUGAUAGGAAGGCGUAGGGAGCGUAAGGACAGUCAAAGCUAUAAAUCGUUGUGAUGAUGGCAUGAGGGCAGUCUGUAUGGACCCGAACAUGUUGGAUACACAUCUUGUCGACAAGUGC